AUGUCGCAACCCGGAAUAGAAGGGCUUGCGGUGGGCCUCAACAAAGGCCAUAAGGUGACCAAGAUCGACCGUAAACCACGUCAAAAUCGUCACAUUGGAGCAUGCAGCAAGAAGUCGAAGAUUGUCCGCGAGCUCGUUCGUGAGAUCACUGGCUUUGCGCCUUACGAAAGGCGUGUACUCGAGUUGCUACGUAUUUCUAAGGAUAAGCGAGCAUUAAAAUUCCUGAAGAAACGCGUGGGAACACACCUUCGUGCCAAAAAGAAGCGUGAGGAUCUUCAGGGCGUCAUUGUCGCUCAACGUAAACAUCACAAGUAA